UCGAGCCGCAGCGCUCAGCAUUGUGGCAGGCGGCGAGGACCCGUGAGGGCGCCGGUGCCGCGGGCUGCGGCGGGGCGCAGAGAGGCGCACCACACGGGGGCUCGGACAGCGCGCCAAAGGCAGCUGUGAGCGCGGCAGAGCGCACCCACCUUCGGCGCCCAACUUCGGAGCCAGAGGGUGGGAGCUCGGAGAGCGCUCGGAUCCCGGGAGGCAGAGGAGCGAAGAGAGGGGCGCGUCGGAGCCUGGGUCCAGGGCGGGCGCCCAGCACCCGGCGCGCUCCGAGCGCCAGGCGGCCCUCUGUGCAGCGUGGCUGCCGCUGCCCCAACGGAGGGCACGGGCUGGCGCGGCCGGGCGCCGGGGAGGACGGCGUGGAGGCGGCGGCGGCGGAGGAGACGGCGGCGGCGAGUCUGGGGCCAGGGAGAGAGCCCCGGGGUAGAGGCGCCCGAGCCGGGCCACGGGAGCAUGUGGGCCCAGAGCGGAGCGCGGGGUGCGCUGCUGUUGGCGCUGCUCCUCUGCUGGGACCCGAGGCUGAGCCAAGCAGGCACUGAUUCAGGCAGCGAGGUGCUCCCUGACUCCUACCAGUCAGCACCGGCUGAGCCGCUCCCCCACUUCCUCCAGGAGCCACAAGAUGCCUACAUCGUGAAGAACAAGCCUGUGGAGCUGAGCUGCCGCGCCUUCCCUGCCACACAGAUCUAUUUCAAGUGCAACGGCGAGUGGGUCAGCCAGAAUGACCACGUCAUGCAGGAAGGCCGGGACGAGGCCACUGGCCUGCCGGUGCGGGAGGUGCAGAUCGAGGUGUCUCGGCAGCAGGUGGAGGAACUGUUCGGGCUGGAGGAUUACUGGUGCCAGUGCGUGGCCUGGAGUUCUGCGGGCACCACCAGGAGUCGCCGGGCCUAUGUCCGCAUCGCAUACCUGCGCAAGAACUUUGACCAGGAGCCUCUGAGCAAGGAAGUACCCCAUGACCACGAGGUUCUCCUGCAAUGCCGCCCACCAGAGGGGGUGCCUGUGGCUGAGGUGGAAUGGCUCAAGAAUGAGGAUAUCAUCGACCCCACCCAGGACACCAACUUCCUGCUCACCAUCGACCACAACCUCAUCAUCCGCCAGGCCCGCCUUUCGGACACGGCCAACUACACCUGUGUGGCCAGGAACAUGGUGGCCACGCGCCGCAGCACCACCGCCACCGUCAUCGUCUACGUGAACGGCGGGUGGUCCAACUGGGAAGAGUGGUCGCCCUGCUCCAACCGCUGUGGCCGCGGCUGGCAGAAGCGCACGCGGACCUGCACCAACCCCACUCCACUCAACGGAGGAGCCUUCUGUGAGGGCCAAGCCACCCAGAAGACUUCCUGCACCACCGUGUGCCCAGUGGACGGAGCAUGGACAGAGUGGAGCAAGUGGUCGGCCUGCGGCACCGAGUGCGCCCACUGGCGCAGCCGGGAGUGCGUGGCGCCCCCACCCCAGAACGGAGGCCGGGACUGCAGCGGGGCUCUGCUGGACUCCCAGAACUGCACCGGGGGGCUGUGCCUGCAACAUAAGAAAACUCUAAGUGACCCCAAAAGCCACCCCCUGGAGUCCUCGGGGGACGUGGCAUUGUACGCCGGCAUCGUGGUGUCCGUACUCGUGGUGGUGGCCGUCCUCAUGGUGGUGGGGGUGGUGGUGUACCGCCGCAAGUGCCGUGAUGCGGACACCGACAUCACCGACUCGUCCGCCGCCCUGACUGGAGGCUUCCACCCAAUGAACUUCAAGACUGCAAGGCCCAACCAGCCGCAGCUCCUGCACCCCUCCAUGCCCCCGGACCUCACAGCCAGUGCCGGCAUCUACCGGGGGCCGGUGUACGCCCUGCAGGACUCGGCUGACAAGAUCCCCAUGACCAACUCGCCCCUGCUGGACCCCCUGCCCAACCUCAAGAUCAAGGUCUACAACUCCGGCACCACCGGUUCCGGGUCAGGCCUGCCAGACGGGGCUGACCUGCUGGGGGUGCUGCCGCCUGGGACAUACCCUGGUGAUUUCUCCCGGGACACACACUUCCUGCACCUGCGCAGUGCCAGCCUCAGCUCCCAGCAGCUCCUGGGCCUGCCCCGUGACCCGGGGAGCAGUGUCAGCGGCACCUUUGGCUGCCUGGGUGGGAGGCUCAGCGUCCCUGGCACAGGGGUCAGUCUGCUGGUGCCCAAUGGAGCCAUCCCCCAGGGCAAGUUCUACGAAAUGUACCUCCUUAUCAACAAGACAGAAAGCACCCUCCCACUUUUGGAAGGGACCCAGACAGUAUUGAGCCCUGCGGUGACCUGUGGGCCCACAGGCCUGCUGCUUUGCCGCCCUGUCAUUCUCACGGUGCCCCACUGUGCCGAAGUCAGUGCCAGCAACUGGAUCUUCCAGCUCAAGACGCAGGCCCACCAAGGCCAUUGGGAGGAGGUGGUGACCCUGGACGAGGAGACCCUGGACACCCCUUGCUACUGCCAGCUGGAGGCCAGGUCCUGCCACACCCUGUUAGACCAGCUGGGCACCUAUGUCUUCACGGGUGAGUCCUAUUCCCGCUCGGCAGUCAAGCGGCUCCAGCUGGCCAUCUUCGCCCCGGCCCUCUGCACGUCCCUGGAGUACAGCCUCAGGGUCUACUGCCUGGAGGACACCCCUGUAGCACUGAAGGAGGUGCUGGAGCUGGAGCGGACCCUGGGCGGCUACCUGGUGGAGGAGCCCAAACCCCUGCUCUUCAAGAACAGUUACCACAACCUGCGCCUCUCCCUGCAUGACAUCCCCCAUGCUCACUGGAGGAGCAAGCUGCUGGCCAAGUACCAGGAGAUCCCCUUCUAUCACAUUUGGAGUGGCAGCCAGAAGGCCCUUCACUGCACCUUCACCCUGGAGAGACACAGCCUGGCCGCCACCGAGUUCGCCUGUAAGAUCUGCGUGCGGCAGGUGGAAGGGGAAGGCCAGAUAUUCCAGCUGCACACCACACUGGCAGAGACACCUGCUGGCUCCCUGGACGCCCUCUGCUCUGCCCCCAGCAGCACACUCACCACCCAGCUGGGACCCUAUGCCUUCAAGAUCCCACUGUCUAUCCGCCAGAAGAUAUGCAACAGCCUGGAUGCCCCCAACUCGCGGGGCAAUGACUGGCGCCUCUUGGCGAAGAAGCUCUCCAUGGACCGGUACCUGAACUACUUCGCCACCAAAGCAAGUCCCACAGGUGUGAUCCUGGACCUCUGGGAAGCUCUGCAGCAGGAUGACGGGGACCUCAACAGCCUGGCCAGUGCCUUGGAGGAGAUGGGCAAGAGUGAGAUGCUGGUGGCCAUGGCCACUGAUGGGGACUGCUGAGCUGCCCCAGACCGCGGGCUCACAGGGACUGGCAGGAGGUGGUUACGGGGAGUCCAGGCAGCUCCCCAUGCUCAGCCUCCACGGCCCCCCAGCUCACAGCCAGAGUCACCCCUCCUGCUCCUCCCUCGCCCACCCCUGGACCACAACCAGCCUUAGGAAUUCCGUGUACUCUGGUGUCAGGAGGACCCAGUGUUCCGUCCCCACCCCUGCUGUCUCUCCUGGCCUCAGACCUUCGUGCAGAAACCAGAGAGGGGCCGAGAAGCAGUGAGGGGAGCAAGGGGCGGCCCCCCCACCUCCACCUCCACCUCCACCCUCCACACGCAGCCCCGGGACCGCUGGGUUAACUUUGUUUCAGUCUUGUCCUUAAUUUCCUUCCUCAGCUGUUGGCUUCUCCCUCCUCCCUAAGCCCUCUGUCUUCACACCGUUUUCCUCUUUGAAGAGUCGAGUACAGUUCAGACAGACUGCUUUCUCCUGUCCAAAAGCUAAAGGAAAGAAAGAAAGCUUCACACUGCUAGUGAGGCUCGAGGAAGAAGAAAAACACCAAAACCACAAGGGAAAAGAAAAACCCAGUUUCUUAGGAAACGCAAAUGAUUUAUUAUCCAGAUAUUUGGAUAAGUCUUUUUAAGAAAAAAAGGAAGAAAAUGAAAAAUAACACAAAAAAUAUAGAAAACUCUUUUCUUGAGUGUGGAUGAAUGUGGGUGCAUUCACGGUUCUGGCCAGGAGCGUGUCCGUGUGUGCUCGUGUGCAUGUGCGUGUGAGACUAGGGAGAGAGGGAGACUGAACAGGGACACUUUGCUGCUAAUGAUUAUUCCAUCUCAGACUGAAUUCUUACAAGUCCUCAGUUUCCCCAGUUGUACAGGCUCAGGUGGGGAUUUAGCCAUGGUACAUGAUUCCCUCUAAAAUCUUAAGGAGACGCUGAAUUCAUAAAGCCAAGGAGCCCUGAGCGCUGGAGUGAGCAGGGCUCUCCCUCCCUUCCAGACUGCUCUGGGCCCUGGGAGGGACGCGAGGGACGCGAGGGCCGCCCGGGCCAGCCGUGCGCCAGGGAGACUGUUCCCAGCACCAUGGUCUGGUGGCUCCUGGGAGGAGAUAGGGCCCAGAAGCGGAGCCCUAGCAGAGAAAGAAGUGGGAGAUGAGAGUCUCCUGUGGACACUUCUUCUGCUUCACCCUAAGGUGGGGCCAACCAGGACACCCCCUCCCAGGAGCCUCUAGAACAGGUAGGCUGGAGCAGGUUGGUAUUCUUUUAAAUCCCAGGAAUCCAGGACUCACCCUUACCCCACCUGUCUCUUUCCACGAGACAGAAGGGGUGGACAAGAGGGGCCCUUCAGCAGCAGAAGCCUGAGCUGGGCCUCGGUGCGGCUUUGAGGAAUGCGUUAGCAGCAGCCUCGCCGCCUGGGAGGCUGGGAGGUGGGUGGCCUGGCUGAGCUUUACAUGCCCUCCCACCUGCCCAGAGUGGGGGAGGGAGGGUGGAGGGCAAUCUUUUCAGCUCUGAUCUCUGCAGGCACCUCCCCCCCUCUGUAGUCUGGGAGCUCCUGUGGUAGGUAACCUUUGAACAGGAAGGGUUGCCAGAGAGGAGGGGCUGGCACCCCUCAGCAGCCUAUUCCAGGAUGUUCUGAGGGGCCAGCAGGGUCCCUAGUCAGGGAGAGAUACAUCCCCGUCCCUUUUGAGCUGUCCGACAAUGGGUGGGACCAGGCCUCUGGCACAGAGAUUUCAUCAAAGGCCUCACCACGGCACCCAGGCAAGGCUCACGCCAGCUCCCCUGCCAGGCCUGGGCACGGACCCUGGGCUUGCCCCAGCAGGCCCACAAACCUCCUCCAGAACCAGCCUGGGCACCACCAGCCUCUGAAAGUCUGGUCACCUGAGAGGAGAGCAGGGCUCAGGGCUGUAGUCCCAGCCGGCGUCCCUGCCCCGCUGUGGGAUAGGCAGCAUGGAGUCGAGGGCAGUCGAACCAGUGCCACCAGGGGCUCUGCUGGUGCCAUGCCUGUCGCAGGCUCUGAAAUGCCCACAGGCAGCUUGGAGUCCCAAGACCAGACCUCAGUCUUCAGCUUUGCCAUUAAACUAUGUGACCUCAGGCAUAGGAUGGCCUUCUCGGCCUCAUUUCCUCUUUAUCGCUAGAAGGCUUCAAAGCUGCUGUCCGAAGCCCUCUGGGUUCUGGCACGCCGUGGGUCUAGGCUUUGGGUGGGAACCCCAGUGGAUAGAAAUUCCUGCGGUCUGCCUGCCAUGCUCAGAAGCUUGCUUGCUCAGUGCCUGCAAGGACUAGUCUGAUUCCUCGGAAUUGUGCGCCAGGGCCUGGAGCACAGGACCAGUUGGCGGGAGCCCCCUGGGAUGGUCCCGGCUGUUCAGCUUUAUAAGAAAAGCCAGGAGAGGGUUUAGUGUCUCCAUCAAUCUACCGCAUGUGCUGUGACUACAGCCCCACGUGGCCUGCGUACCGACGCCGCGCCUGUGUGGCCCUCCCUGGGGUGUUUAUGUCUGUCUCCGGGGUGUGUUGGUGCAUGCGCACGUGUGCACUGCUCUGUGUGUGUGUGCUUUUAUUCACAUGCGGGCGCGUCAGGGCUCCCCUCCAGAAACGUGUCUCCACCUGUGUGAGAGUGUGCCAUCCUUGAGUCCCAAGUUGGGACACCCAGAGGUCGGCUUGCCUGUUUUCUGCCCUCUCUGAGUCCAUAGGGUCAGUCAGUGUAUCUUCUACGUGCCUCUCCCUCCGCCUUCUCUUGAAGUGCCCAGGAUCCAGAGUCCCGGCCGGGGGUCCUUCUGAGGGCGUGAGAACCCUCCUGUCUCCAGGACGACAUGGGGCCUCCUGUCCCCUUCCCCCAGCAACCAGGCAGCUGAGCCAGGUCCCUGAGCAGGCCCUCUGAGGGGAGGUGACUCAGGAGCCUGGGGUGAGGGAGUAGCUCUCCUGGGGGCAAAGGGCUGGCCCCCCGGCCUGGCCACGGGCGUGGCUACGUGUCCCAGGGCUGCAGGGCUGCGGGAAUGGCCCUGGUCCCACCUCUGUUGAUUCUGUAAACUACAACCUGUAAAUAACAUUUAGCAUUCCUAUUGUAACAAGAUUAAUUUUUAUGAAAUAAAUUAUAUUUCCUAGUCUAAUAAAAAACUCCAGGUUGUA